AUGGGUCGGGGCAAUCCCAAGCACAGAUACAGACUGGGCGAUGAGUUGAUUGAGAGCAGCCCUGCAGAGAAGGACUGGGGGAUAUCAGUGGAUGAAAAACCAAAAAAUUCAAGUUGUAGCUAUUUACAGUCUGCCAGGCCAGAAACUCUACAAAUAAAUACUGUUUGGAUUUUGUAUUAUGUUUAUCCUCUUUUACCAAAGCUAAAACCUGGGACUGAAUCAGUCACAAAGGAUUUACUGUCAGACGCUGGGGAAACAAUGGCCUGGUCUGAGUCUGUGGAUACACUACUAGCUAAUAAAGAUGGUUUGGCAGCUUUUAGGACAUUUUUGAAGUCAGAGUUCAGUGAGGAGAAUGUGGAGUUCUGGCUGGCCUGCGAGGAUUUCAAGAAAACCAAAUCCUCCACUAAGAUCACCUCAAAAGCCCAAAAGAUUUAUUCUGACUUUAUACAAGCCGACGCUCCAAAGGAGAUUAAUAUUGACUUCCAUACCAAAACCCACAUCUCUCAGAAUAUCUCCGAGCCCACCCUCAGCUGCUUUGAUGAUGCUCAGAGGUCAGUCUAUAGUCUCAUGGCAAAGGACUCUUUUCCCAGGUUUCUAAGGUCAGAAAUGUACAAGGAACUAGUAAAGAAGCAACAGCACGGAAAUCAGAAGAGAUGGCUCCCUUUUUUGUGA